AUGCAAUGGGCCUUCCUUCAGAUGCUGCUGCUUGCCAUUUUCCAGCCGGUGAAGACCGACGUCAGCAACUGCGAUGGGACCUGCGGAAGGCGCCCGCUGGCGGCCAGCCAGGAGAUGUCGCGUCUGAUCGGUGGCACCAACGCCCUCCCCGGCACCUGGCCCUGGCAGGUCAGCAUCCAGGCCCUCAUGCGGGGAGGCUACUACCUGCACAUUUGCGGCGGAACACUCAUCAGCGCUCGCUGGGUCCUCUCUGCUGCCCACUGCUUCGGGAAGCCAAAAGACCAGUAUAAGCUCCUCCUCGGCUGCAACCGGGUCAACCUGCCGGGCCCCGAUUCCCGGGAGCGUUUCAUCAAGACGUUGGUCAAGCACGAAGACUUCCGGAGCACCCUCAACACCGGUGGGACCAUCUUCAAUGACAUCGCCUUGGUGGAGAUGUCCAAACCGGUCAACUGCAGCGACUACAUCCAGCCAGCCUGUUUGCCGGACAACAGCAUGGCCGUCACGGACCUCACGCAUUGCUACCUCAGCGGAUGGGGCAGGACCGACCAGAAAAAGCAAAUCUACCCCGACAUCCUGCAAGAAGGGAAAGUGGACCUCAUUCCCCGUUGGAACUGUUCACAGUGGUGGAACCGGAUCCUGCCUCCCAUGAACCUCUGUGCCGGGACAGAAAGCGGAUCCGUUGACUUCUGCCAGGGCGACAGCGGGGGUCCAGUCCAAUGUCGGGAGUCUCGGUCUGAGCGUUUCUGGGUCCUGGGGGUGCUGAGCUGGGGAUCCUUGGAUUGCGCUGUGGUCAAGAAGCCGAGCAUCUUCAUCUCCACCCAGUACUUCCUUGACUGGAUCGAAGAACAUUCCAAGGAGACCUUCCAACGCCCACCUCAACCACCGCUGUUGGCGCAGCUCACCACGACUACAGCCACGACCACAAUUGUGCCCACGACCCCACCAGUGGUCACUUGGGCCCCCUACUGGUACUUGACCUGGGCCCGGCCGACCCAGGUGACCCCGUGGCUGCCCCCGUGGAUGAGUUACGGUCGGUGGAGGACCCCCAGGUGGCGCCCCAUGUGGCGCACACUCCGGCCCUGGACCACACGAAGGUUUUACAUCAGCCACGACAGCCCUCACCAUGAACGCAGUGCUCAAACCGAGCUGAGGAACCUCUACAGUGAACUGUAUUUGAUAGACACCCAGUCAGACUCCACGCCCGCUGCGGCCACCCAGUCAGGAACAUUAAUGCGUUAUCUUGUAGAGGUCAGGCCUCUCUAUGAUAAGGACAAGAAAAUAAAACGGAAUUGA